GCACAGGAAGGACUCUCAUGCGGGCGGAAGUAGAAUCUCUGGGAGGCUUCUGGGGGUUCUGGCGGAGUACACAGACACCGGGACCGUGUAGUGUCCCUAGACAGCCAUGAACCGGCUCCAGGAUGACUAUGACCCCUACGCGGUGGAAGAGCCGAGCGACGAGGAGCCGGCUCUGAGCAGCUCUGAAGAUGAAGUGGAUGUGCUCUUACAUGGAACCCCAGACCAAAAACGGAAACUCAUCCGGGAAUGUCUUACUGGAGAAAGUGAAUCAUCAAGUGAAGAUGAAUUUGAAAAAGAAAUGGAAGCUGAACUAAACUCCACCAUGAAGACAAUGGAGGACAAGUUAUCUUCGCUGGGAACAGGGUCUUCCUCAGGAGUGGCCAAAGUGGGAGGAGCUACAACAAAGUACUAUGAUGAGAUAUAUUUCGAUUCUGAUUCUGAGGAUGAAGACAAAGCAAUGACCAAGAAAAAGACGAAGAAGCAACACAGGAUUCCAUCAAACGACGAGCUGCUGUAUGACCCCGAGAAAGAUAACAGAGACCAGGCCUGGGUUGAUGCGAGGAGGAGAGGUUAUCACGCUUUUGGAUUGCAAAGACCACGUCAGAAACAGCAGCCUGUCCCAAACAGUGAUGCUGUUUUGAAUUGUCCAGCCUGUAUGACUACAUUGUGCCUUGAUUGCCAGAGGCAUGAAUCCUACAAGACUCAGUACAGGGCAAUGUUUGUGAUGAAUUGUUCUGUCAACAGAGAGGAGGUUCUAAGAUACAAGAAUCCAGAGACCAGGAAGAGAAGGCGGAGUGCCAAGAAGAUGAGGUCUAAUCCUGACGACUCAGCGGAGAAAGAAGUGGAAGAGAUCUAUCACCCUGUGAUGUGCACAGAGUGUUCCACUGAAGUGGCAGUCUACGACAAGGAUGAAGUCUUUCAUUUUUUCAAUGUUUUAGCAAGCCAUUCUUGAACGAUGUGACAGGUGACUGCCCAGCUCUGUGUGUAAGGCAAAUAUAGACUCUUACCUUCCUCUUUCUAUUUCUGUCAUUCAGUGACGUUGUUAUUAAAACAGUGUUUCAUCUUUAUGAAAAGGAGUGUUUAUCAACCUCUGUAUCUUCUCUUUUCUUUUUAAUUUUCCCAUGAGUAAUGAUGGGAUUGAUUAUUCAUUCCAUUUCUGGUGCAUAUUUGGAAACUUUGGGGCUUCUUAUUUAUUAAAUUAGCUUCCUAGAAUCAAACGGUUUUGGAAUAAGUAUUUGUUUCCUAGUGUUUGGUUCAUUUUCUAUUGCUGUAACAAAAGUUGGGUGUUUUAUAAAGAAAUGAGUUUCAGCGGUUGGCAGGAUGGCUCUGUACUUGGUUAUCAUGCAAGCCUGACAGCCCGAGGUCUGCUCAAGGAAUCUGCAGUGGAAGGAGAGAGUCAACUCUUGACAGUUUUCCUGUUUCCUAAACAUAGGUGCAUACAUGUGCGCGCAUGCACGUGCACACACACACACACACACACACACACUCACCAUUUUCCUGAAGGGGCCUCCUCAAGUGUGCCCUGAGAGGAACUAUUUUCUAUUUCUAAUUAUCUUCUGGGUUUUCUUCAAGCAACAAGUCGGGAGAGCUGGGCCAGUGAGAGUUUGAAUGGAGUUGAGACAACAGGUAAUGGUUCCUUUUGUCUUCUGAGGCUGGGGUGUAGCAAUGGUGGAGCACAUGCUUGACAUGUGCAGGUUCUUGGGUUGGAUAGGCAGCACCACACACAAACACACAAGUUAGUUAAGUUCGUUUCUGAGAAUUUCCCAGUGCUUAGGGCAUGGUGGCCUAUAAUUCAAGCACUUGGGAAAGACAAGAAGGGAAAGAGUGGGGGAAAGAAGUUAGUUUCAGUAUGUUGGUGGCUAGCAUAUUUGAUAAUUUUUAUAAUAUGUUGGUAUCUGUAUGGAGGCAAUAUGUACUUAGCAUUUUGAGUUUCAGAUUAGCACAUGGGAGUGUGUUAGAGCGGCACUGCAGUCUGAUUAUCGCAGCUUUGUAGGAGCUCCUCUGGUAUUGUUACUGCAAGCCCUACUUUCUUCUCAGAUUUAGUAACCACCCCAGUGCACCACACCUCCAGUCCAGCGGGAAGUUCUCAGUGUCUUAUAAAAUCACCUGGAGAGGUCUGGAGAGAUGGCUCAGUGGUUAAGAACACUGGCUGCUUGCUCUUCCAGAGGUCCUGAGUUCAAUUCCCAGCAACCAUAAUGUGGCUCACAACCAUCUGUAAUGGGAUUCGAUGCCCUCCUCUGGUGUGUCUACAGACAGCUACAGUGUACUCAUAUAAAUGAAAUAAAUAAAUCUUUAAAAAAAAAAAUCACCUGGAGAAAAUGCCAAAAAGCUUACCCUUGCGUCCCUCUGAGAAGAUGAUGCUGUAACAGGCAAGGAAUCCCAAUGUGUAAAGAUGUAAUCUGAUGGUAACAAGGGAGAGAACAGAGCUAUAGAAAGGAGAAUUCCAUGUACUAUUUACACUAAGUUGAUACUAAUUGGAGCUACUAUGUUUUAAGAUGAUAUUUACAAAUCCCCAGAUUUGUAACAUUACCAUGAAAAAACAUUGAAAAUGAAAGGUCAGAGAGAUGGCUCAGAAGUUAAGAGCACUGACUUCUUUUCCAGAGGACCUGGGUUCAAUUUCUAGCAACCACAUGACAGCUCACAACUGCCUGUAACUCUAAGAUCUGAUAUCAUCACACAGAUAUACAUAAAAUAAAAUAAAUUGAAAAUAAUCUAAGAAUAGACAAUAUAUUUAAACAUAAAACUAUUGCCCACAUAGAGAAAGAUCUAAGGGGGAGGUGUGUGUGGAGGUGGAGAGAUGAACUUUGGCAUGCUUUCUCGUGCGCACAUUGGUUUCCUUGAGUCUGUUGAAACACACAUACACACAGGAAUGUUGAUUGACAGUUUGGGGGCGAGCAGACAGACAUGGGACAGUGAAUAGGGCAAAGUUCAGUGAUGUGCAUAUUAAAAUGCCAUAAUGAAAGCGACCUGUUUUGUAUGCUUACUAAAACCAACAUUAAAUAAAACACUGUUAGCAACUGUU